AUGGAGCUGCUGCGGGUGCUGCUGGCGCUGGCCGGGACGGGCGCAGCCGCCGGCCUGGCCCUGCUGCCCUACGUGCCCCGGGUGCCCCGGCAGCCGCUGGCGGGGAAGGUGACGGCCACCACCUUCGCGCUGGACAAGCCCUUCUGCGUCUUCGACGGCUACACGAACGCCACCGACGGCGUCUGGCUCGCCGUCGUUUUCGCCAACGCCUCGGCCGCCUUCAGAAACCCGGCGUCCACGUGCGACAUCCCGCCCUACCGGCGGCUCCGGGCCGCGCUGGGCUACAUGACGCUGGAGACGCCGGCGGCCGCCUACGCCUGCGGGUCGCGGAGCGCCGCCGUGCUGCGGGUGGGCGGCGAGGCGGCCUGCGGCGCCGCGCGCGGCCCGGCCUCCUGCAACGGGCCCCUGCCCUCCCCGGGGCCGUACAGGGUGAAGUUCGUGGCGCUGGGGCCGCGCGGCCCCACGGCGGAGACGCUCUGGUCGGAGCCCAUCGCCCUGCGGCAAGCCCGCAGCCCCGGCACCCUGGAGCGCGGCGUCGCGGGCCGAGGAGCCAGCGCCGCCCUCGUCAUGGCCUCCGUCCUCGCCGGCCUGGGCGCCGCGCUGGCCGCGGGGCUCUUCACCGCCGUCCGCGCCCGCGCGCGCCGGCCCGAGCGCCCGCUGCAGCGCCGGCUCCCGGCCGCCGCCGGCUCCUUCGCCCGCCGCUCCUACCGGACCCACCACAUCCCGCCGGCCGCCCCGCGGCCCCCCGGCGCCUGCCCAGCCCGGGCCCCGCGCUGA